AUGCGCGGCUUGAUCAAUUACGGGACCCAUUGCAGCAUAAACAGCAUUGUCCAGUGCUUAUACGAGACACGCGAGCUACGGGAUCUCAUUCUGUGCGUGGACGAGCAGGAAUACCAGGCUCAUAAUACAGUGGCCAUGAAUCUCAAGGCUCUCAUCCGCGAGAUGGAAGAGAACGACCGGUUACCGUGCGACCCGGGCUUUCUCAUAGACUCUAUGAGCGUGUAUAGUGGAAUGUCUUUCAAAAUUCAGGAGGACUCUGACCUAGUGUUCACGUGCAUCAUCAACGCUCUAGCGGACGGACACAGGACCGGAAAAGGCAUCGGAAAACUGUGGGACAUAGAGUGCGAGGAACAUAUGCGCUGUCUUAGUUGUAACAAAGUCCGGGCUGUACUGAAAAACGCAAAUUCAAUCCCCCUGUUGAUCGAUGGGGCUCUCCCAAACGAGCUGCAAGAAUACAUGAAGCAGUACGCUGACAACACGCGGACAGCAUGUGACUGGCAUUGCACAAACUGCCACAGGAAAACCCAGCUCGAAAUCACGAGCAAAGUGGUGUCAUUACCCCCGGUUGUGUGCAUGAAGCUUGGACGGGUUAAAAACACAGGUAGAGAUACCGCUCACAUUGUAAAGAUGGGAACGCGAUUCGCGUUCCCGGAGACUGUGGAUCUGAAAUACAUCAUGAAAGGACCCGAAGCCAGCGUAAGCGCUAUAUACGAGCUGUACGCAGUUGUAGCCCACUGUGGUACUCACUAUUCUGGACAUUACACAGCUUAUCUGCGUUGUGGAAUUCAAGGGUGGUAUCUUGCAGACGAUGCUCACGUGAGGCUGUGCUCCUGGGCGGAUGUCCAGAAUACCUAUGAAGCAGGAUCUAACUUAUACGACAGGGUUGCGUACAUGCUCAUGUACCACAGGAAAAGCAGCUCCACUUGA